CAUGUCUCCUCCCAAGAACACCCAUGCUUGAUGCUGAUCUCGGUUCAAGCAAGAAUUCAUGCAUACAUCCCAGCAGAACAUGUUUAUCCUUCAUGUUCUCCCGCUAACCACCUGGCCACCGUAUCACAUGUAGGAAAGUAUAAGUAAUCUGUAGACCAUCAGUGCUGAUGGUCGGAAACGCAUUUAGGCGCGCAACACCAGGUUGCCAUUUUUUACUGCACUAACUGCAUACACUUAGACUUGGUGGUGCACAAUUAAUACCUCGAAUAUGCAGCAGGGCCAGCUUACGAGCUUUUUCCCCAGCACGCGCGGUGCUCCGCCCCCGGUAGUCCACCAUGGAGCACAUCGCUCGUUGGUGGACGUGUUGGAGCAGUACUGGGGUUAUUCGGAGUUCCGCUUCUGCCAGCGGCAAGUAAUAGAGUCCAUCCUAGCGGGCAAGGACUGCCUGGUGGUCAUGCCGACGGGCGGGGGCAAGAGUAUCUGCUACCAGCUUCCUCCGCUGGUACUAGACCGCGUCUGCCUGGUGGUGUCGCCCCUCAUUAGUCUCAUGGAGGACCAGGUAGCUGCGCUCAACGCAAGACGCAUCCCCGCUGCUUUCCUGGGCAGCGCACAGGGCAGCAGGCAAGUCAAGGAGGACGCAUGG